UGGAAAAACAUGGCGACUGGCGAUGGCGGAAGAGUGAGAGAUGGAAAAGAGAUUCCACCGGGCUCAAUCGUCUCUUGUACUACAAAGUUUGAUGAGAAAUAUCAAGGAGAGGUGAUAGCCUUCGAUUAUAGCACAAAGUUUGUUGUUAUCAAAACUGAUGCUACCACAGAAACAAAGAAAGGAAACUCAGAUGUGAAAAUAUUUAAUAUUUCUUACCUGAAAAAUUUUGAGAUAAUUAAAGAAUCUACAACCAAAACAGUCAAAUCUUUAUCAGCACUUGAUCUUGAGAAAAUUGACAGACGAUGUAGAGCCAAAGUCAAUGAGAAGAUGCAAGCUGUUAAUCGAGUGGGAGUUGAUGUUACUCCUGAAGGACAGAAGCUUUACGACAUGUUAGCCAAACAAUUUUCAGAGCUACAAUGGAAUGAUAAAAAUAUUGUAGUUAUGAAUAGUGUAGUCAUUAAACCCCCGUACAGUACAGAAAGUAUAUACACUGAGGGAAAAGAUGAAAAUGCAUUCAAUUAUAUCAGAGGAAUUGUUAACAGGCAUCAUUGUAAAAAUGAAAGCGAAAGCUAGCCAUUUGUCUACAAGUCAUUAAUUUAUUUUUGAGAGGAUCUAUUUAUGGACAAGAGCAAUGUCUUUCACUUUUAACAAACAUAUUUGCAAGUGAACAUGCAAGAAAAUUCUUUCAUUCAAGAUAAAAUGGAAAACACAGUCUCUGAAAUCACAGGACUUCAUAAAUUAUUAGUUUUAUUGAUUUACCUGUUUUUAAAAGUAGUAUUUCACACCAUUUUCAUACUCCAAGACAUAAAAUACUUUCAAUGUUUUMAGAAAACUUCAACCAAAGAAAUUAACCUCCGAAAAUAGAUAUCCCAUUAAUGCAUCAAGACAAUCCAUUUGUGUACAUUUUUGGACUAAUGAUCACUGUAAAGUAAUUGCGUAGAUGAUACUCUAGCUAAGCUCUAGUGAUGAGGUUAAACUGUCCAAACAGCAUUUUCAUUCUUCACUCUGAAGAAGUUUGCUCUUAAACCUCUUCAAAAAUCUCAUAGAUGUUUAAAGUAGUUUUACCUAAACAAGUUAUUUUUAGCAUAGAUUUUGUAUGACCCAAUAAACAGUGAGAACUUUCCA